AUGACGACCGAGCCGACCCAGGAGGCUGAGCCUCCUCCCUGUUCCGCGCCUGCGUUCUCCCCGGCCGAGGAAAACGAGCUCUUCGGCUCGAGCUACCCUCUCCACACGUUUCCCGUUCUUCUCCAGCAGUGUCAGAAGCGCACAUACUCGCUCUUUGUCAAUUCCGUCGGUCUGCGGCCUCCUGCGUUUCUUCCGGCUGUCGAAGAGAAGGUGAAGAUCAAGCUCCACGACGAAUACUUCUUCCCUGCGCCGGUCUCCAGCCCGGCGCCGCCCUCCGCCGACGCUUCUUCCCUCGCUUCUCUGCCGGCGCUCCCGGCCUCUUCCCUCUCUUCCUCUGCGCUGCCGCCCUUCGCAGUAGCGCAGACUGACGCUACGAACGGCGAGACCGAGGCGCAGCAGACGAGCGCGAAAGGAAGAAAUGCCGGAGACGCCUCUGCACUCGCUCUGCUGCCUUCGGAGUCCGCGAGCACGGUGGAAGCCAAGCGACAGCGCGUGGCUGUGACAUGCCCAGCUGUACAUACACCCGAGAUGUCCGUCUCGGAGCUCCUCUCUGAGCUCUCCUCGCGCACUGCUGCGUCGUCUGUUCCGUACACAGCCGCUGCGGGAGGCGCGCCGGCGACGAGUGCUGCUGGCCCGUCGCCAAGCAGCAGCAAAGCCCUCGCGGCGUUGCCACCGAGUGGAGGGGAGGCUGCGGCAGGCAGUGCAGUCGCGAGGAAGACUGAAGGAUUCGGAGGCGAGCUGGCGAACCUGCGACUGAAGAACCUCCCCGCGGCUCUCCGUCCGACCUGGCACGCGCCCUGGAAGCUCCACAGAGUCAUCGCAGGACACCUCGGCUGGGUCACGUGCCUCGCCGUCGAUCCCACCAACGAGUGGUUUGCCACAGGAUCCAACGACCGCCUCAUCAAGAUCUGGGAUCUGGCGUCAGGCACCCUGAAGCUCUCUCUCACUGGACACGUUUCGGCCAUUCGAGACAUCAAGAUCUCCUCGCGGCAUCCUUACAUGUUCACCUGUGGAGAAGACAAUCGCGUGAAGUGCUGGGAUUUGGAACAGAACAAAGUUGUGAGAGACUACCAUGGGCAUUUGUCCGGCGUCUAUACACUUGCGCUCCACCCACAACUCGACAUUCUCUGCAGCGGCGGUCGCGACGCCGUUGUGCGCGUCUGGGAUAUGCGGACGAAACACGAGAUUUACGUUUUGAGUGGUCACCAGGGAACAAUUAUGUCUCUGCAGAUGCAAUCUCUGGAGCCGCAUAUCAUCUCCGGCUCUCAGGACAAAAUGGUCCGGCUGUGGGAUUUGACUUCGGGGAAGUGUUCAGCAGUUCUGACGAACCACAAGAAGAGCAUACGAGCCAUGGCGUUCCAUCCGCAAGAGUACUCUUUCGUCUCGUGCGCUGCGGACAAAAUCAAAGUCUGGAGAAAUCCGCUGGGUCAAUUUGAAAGAAACAUCGAAGGCCACAACUCCAUCAUCAACUGCUGCGCCAUUAAGGAAGACGGCGAUUCUUCGAUCCUCAUUGCCGGCACGAAUAACGGCCAACUGCACUUCUGGGACUGGGCGUCCGGAUACAAGUUCGACACCAUUCAGUCUCGUGUGCAGCCAGGUUCUCUGGAGAGCGAAAACGGAAUUUUCUGUUGUGCGCUCGACAAAUCUGAGACGCGGCUGUUGACGGGAGAAUGCGACAAAACCAUCAAGGUUUGGAAACCGGAUGAAGAGGCAACAGAGGAGUCUCACCCGUUGCAGUGGAAGCCCCAAAGAUCAAUGAAGCGCUACUAG